GGCGAGGGGGUUCUAAACUAUGACUUCUUAUGGAUCCAAAAAGAACCUAACAUAUGGGCCAAAAUAUGGUUACAAUUUUUCCAUUUAAAAGCUUCAACUUCACUUAAAAUACUGCUCACUGUCUCUAGUGAUUUGAUAUUAGAAGCACCGAAACAGAAUAGGCUCUCUGCCAUGCCAUUCGAAGAUCAUCGUUAUCGGAAAUAACGCAAUCCCAUCUCUUUUGUCAUACAUUUUACGUGGAAGAUAUCGGAGUAGUAUGUUAAAUGUGUGUGAGUAGGUAUAGGAAGGUUUGAGGAGCUAUUAUUUGCACUAUUGUGAUGCAUAAUGUGUGGCGUAUGGCUUUUCCUGCCUCCCUCCAACGGCUGUUCUUUGGCCCAUUAGUUCCCCUUACACCCAUUAAACAGGAAGCUGAAACAUUGUGAUUCGUUGAAUAAUUAUACAAUCAUGUUUGGAGGGUUGAAUUACCUCGUUAUCAAAUCGGGUAAAAAUCACACUUAUGUUAUCAAAAGUGUUUUCUUAAGCAGAUUAUGAAAAAUUGAAAAUUUGGCACCUUUUUAAAACAAACUUUAUGCUAUAAAAUAUGUUCUUUCUCAAAGCAUGAAUAAUACACCAUUUUUGUCAAAUGUGUUAUGUGCGCUGAAAACUAAACACAGUUCUUUUUGGUGCAUUGAAGACAGACAGGUUCCUAUUACAUUACAAAGUUGACUUUGUAAAAAGUGUGAAAAUUGCACUCCUUGAUAAGGUCAUACCGUCUGAUCAAAGAAAUCUUUUGUGAAGUGGGUUAAGGUGCUAAUACUGUUUUAAAGGUGUAACAAUCAUAUCCAGGGCUCAACAAAUCCCAGGUGUUAAGUUGCCACAGUGUCUUGUAUUUAAUUAUGGCGUGUAAUAUUCUGUAGAGUAUUAUUAUAACAUUUAAAAAUAUGAAUUUGAUAUGUUCUAAAGUAGGAGCUGCAGGUUCCAAUCGCAGCCUGCAUCUUCAGCUGAUGACAGAAGUGCAGGCCUUUUCCUAAUUUCUAAUGUGCCUAGUUUGUGAAUAAGCAGUGGGUAAAAUUGACUUCAGUUCAUUGGAUCCUUCAUGUUAUAUUAAAGAGACCAUUUAACCUGAUGUUUCUCUAGUAUGUCCUCACUUAUUGAAUGCUAAAUAAAUGCUGUAGUAAAUUAUCAGCACAAGAGAUAUCACAACAAAUGAUAAGAUAUACAAGAAUGAAAGUUGAAAACAUUAAGAACUCUGUAUGUAUUCAUGAGCAGUACUCAGGUCUUAGAAACUGAAUUACUCAAAACCUAAGAUAAACAAUUUAACACAUUGAGGUAUUGAAUUAUAGUAUUAUUUUUGCAGAGAAUUCAGUUUUUUUUUUAUCAUUUUAAGAAUGUCUAGAAAAGUGCUGGGUCUGAGCAAUACAGUGAAAGUUUGAACCUCUAUGUAUACAUUUAAUUUCAAAAUCGAUUUAUUUUAUUCAUUAUGCUACAUUUAUUUUUGUGAAUCAAAUCUGUAAAUGAUCUGUACAUUUUAAUUUUAAUAUCAAUAUUCGUUUUAAGUUUAUUUACAUUAAAUGAAUAGAAUGAGAAAUUUUAUCAAUUCCCAUGAAAUAAUUGUAGCUAAGACCUUAAAUGAAAUAUAAUCUAUUAAGUAUAAUGUGUCAGGUUGUGUUGCAUGUAAGGCACUUUGAGGUACACAGAGUAAACAAGUGAAUAUGAAAGGCUGCAAGGUUUCAGAUGCAAACCGCAAUCGUACAGUUGGUGUCGCAUGCCAGACAUUGGAUGAACUAAAAGUUAAGGGAUCUCAGAAGUUAUGUAUUAAAAAGAAUGUCCGAGUACAACUGCUGGAUGGAACCUUCGUGAAUGAUGAGGAUUAUUUUCAGACUUUGCCAUCACAGACUGUAUUCCUGCUACUUAAACCUGGUGAAAGUGCUUUCACUGGAGCUGACAUUCUAUACAAUGCACUUCAGGCUGUGAAUUUAGACUAUCUUAGAGCUGGUAAAGAAGUUCAGAAAUUCUUCACUCAAAAUGUGAAAGAAAAGGUUAUGAACCUUGCAAAGUUACUUAAUAAAGCCUCUCACAUACAAAAUGUGCAACUGAGCAAGAAGGCAGAUGAUCCAGACUGGUUUGAAGGCACAGAGUCUAGAUCAGCCACCAAAGAAGAAUUCAUGGCUAGAAGAUCACAGGACAGGAUAAGAGGUUACAUGUACAAAACUCAAGAUGAUCUUAAGAAGUCUGAAGCCUACCAGAAUGAUCAGAUAUGUCAGAAGAAACUGACAGAGGCUCUUCAGGAAAUGAACCUUAGGCUGAAAGCAAACAAAUAUUUUCGUGAUUAUUUUGAUCGUAGUGCUGUGUCAGACAGACUAUGUGAUAGUGCAGGUACUUUUCAAUGCAAAGGUCGCUGGGAUUUGCCUCGUUGUCGAUAUAAGGGAGUUGUGACCAAUCACCAUAUGAUUAAUCCAUAUGCAAGCAGGGAAUCCAGAAUUGUGUUCUCAACAUGGAAUUUUGAUCAUGUAGUGGAGAGGUCACGGAGCAUUGUGCCAGCUUUUCUGGAAGCAGCAAAACUGGCUUCAAAUAACAACACUGCCAUAAAUACAAAUUACUUUUAUAGACUUCUUUUUACAACUGACAAUUUGAAGUUGGUACAUAUUGUUUGUCAUGAUAAAGGUGCACAUAAUGUACAGUGUGAUCCUUGUAAGUUCACUGUAAGUAAAUCUGUGGUGUAGGGCAGCAAGAAAGUUUAUGCUUGCUUGUCUUGUUAAAUUCUCACACACUUUAAUACUAGACUCAUAGGAUCUUAUCACUAAACCUUAUCUUGUGGCUCAUAGCCUAUUUCUUUGAGGUUCAUUUUAAUAUUAUCCUCCAAUCUUUGGGAAGGUUUCCCAGGUAGUAUAUUCCUUAGAGGUUUAUGAAUAAAAUUUAAUGUUCAUAACACUGCAGAUAAUCAAAAUACUGAAUGAAUGUAAAUCAGCUUUUACCCUGUCCAUAUGAUGAUUUUUGUAAUGUGUAUACAGAAUUUUACAAUGUGGUCAAAGUUAUUUCAAUUUUUUUAUUAAUUUGUUUUAUAACUGAAGACAUGGGAGCUAUAGUGGGUUAGCCUUUAGAUUAAAUGUACAUUAAGUUAGAUGUGGUUGCUCUAAUUCAACUAAGACACAAAUUUAAAGGUAACUACAUGUGGCUUAGCCUGCUUGUAUGUAAUAGCAGAGGGUGACAGAUUACAUGUUUUCAUUAGUCCAGAUUUUCCAACUUUGUAUGUUUCUCCCAGGUAUUUCAUUGUAGAUCUCUGAAAAGUGAUCGUCUAACUGAAUUUGCGUAAUUCACCAAGCUCUUUGGUACAGUUGUAGUAGUAUUCUACCCUGAUGCUGUAUUAUCAAAGUCA